GACAGAGGUGGACCUCUGCAGGCUCUGCAUAACCAGCUGUGUGUGAUGAGUGGCCACACCUUGCCUCCUCUUCCCGUCCCGGGCACCAACAGCACGGAGCAGGCCAGCGUCCCCAAAGCCAUGGCAGCCACGUUGGGAGCCAGCACGCUCCCCAGGCCCCAGGCCAGGAGCAUAGCUGGGGUGUAUGUGGAGGCCUCAGACCAGGCCCAGAGUGUCUACACUGCCAUGGAGCAGGGCCUUCUGCCUCCUGGGCUUGGGCUGGCUCUGCUAGAGGCCCAGGCGGCCACCGGGGGUCUGGUGGAUCCCACCCAGGGCCAGCUGCUCUCUGUGUCCAAGGCCCUGCAGCAGGGCCUGGUGGGGCUGGAGCUGAAAGAGAAGCUGCUGAUGGCUGAGCGUGCCGCUACGGGCUACCCUGACCCCUACGGGGGUGAGAAGCUGGCCCUCUUUCAGGCCAUUGGGAAGGAGGUUGUGGACACGGCCCUGGGGCAGAGCUGGCUGGAGGCCCAGCUGGCCACUGGGGGCCUGGUGGAUCCUGCCCAGGGCGUGCUUGUGGCCCCUGAGCCAGCCUGCCACCAGGGCCUCCUGGACCGGGAGACAUGGCACAAGCUGUCAGAGCUUGAGCCUGGCACAGGCGUCCUGCGCUUCCUCGACCCCAACACGCUGGAGCGGCUGACGUACCACCAGCUGCUGGAAAGGUGUGUGCGGGCCGCCGGCUCGGGGCUAGCCCUGCUGCCCCUCAAGAUCACCUUCCGCUCUGAGGGCGGGGCAGUGAGUGCAGCCGAGCUGCUGGAGGUGGGCAUCCUGGACGAGGAGGCUGUGCAGGGUCUGCAGGAGGGCAGGCUGGCCACAGCGGACGUGAGUGCACGUGCCGAGGUGCGGCGCUACCUGGAGGGUACCGGCAGCGUGGCUGGGGUUGUCCUGCUGCCUGAAGGCCAAAAGAAGAGCUUCUUCCAGGCUGCUACCGAGCACCUGCUCCCAAUGGGCACUGCACUGCCACUCCUAGAGGCCCAGGCUGCCACCCACACCCUAGUGGACCCCACCACAGGCCAGCGGCUGUGGGUAGAUGAGGCAGUCAGGGCGGGCCUGGUCAGCCCAGAGCUCCACGAGCAGCUCCUGGUGGCCGAGCAGGCCGUGACAGGGUACCACGACCCCUUCAGUGGCUCCCAAAUACCACUCUUCCAGGCCAUGAAGAAGGGGCUAGUGGACAGGCCACUGGCACUGCGGCUCCUGGAUGCCCAGUUGGCCACAGGCGGGCUGGUCUGUCCAGCACGCAGGCUCCGGCUGCCCCUGGAGGCCGCCCUGCGCUGCGGCUGCCUGGAUGAAGACACUCAGCGACAGCUCUCGCAGGCUGGCGGCUUCUCAGACCGUGGCACGUGCGGUGGCCUGCGCUAUGAACAGCUGCUGGCCCGCUGUGUCACUGACCCAGAGACUGGGCUCGCCUUCCUGCCACUCUCAGGGGGACCCCGGGGAGGGGAGCCCCAGGGACCCCCAUUCAUCAAGUACAGCACUCGGCAGGCCCUGAACGCAGCUACAACCACCGUCUCCGUGGGGAAGUUCCGGGGCCGGCCCGUGUCCCUCUGGGAGCUGCUCUUCUCUGAGGCCAUCCCCGCAGAGCAGAGGGCAAUGCUGGCCCAGCAGCACCAGGAAGGGGCCCUCUCCGUGGAGAAGAUGGCCGCUGAGCUGAGCGCCACCCUCCAGCAGGCUGCAGCCACUGCCAGGGUCACCUUUUCUGGGCUGAGGGACACCGUGACACCAGGAGAGCUGCUGAAAGCCGAGAUCAUCGACCAGGACCUGUACGAGCGGCUGGAACAUGGACAGGCCACAGCCCAGGAUGUGGGCAGCCUGGCCUCGGUGCAGAGGUACCUGCAGGGUACAGGCUGCAUUGCUGGCCUGCUGCUCCCCGGCUCCCAGGAACGCCUGAGCAUCUAUGAGGCCCGAUGCAAGGGGCUCCUCCGGCCCGGCACUGCCCUCAUCCUUCUGGAGGCACAAGCUGCCACGGGCUUCAUCAUCGACCCGAAAGCAAACAAGGGGCACUCCGUUGAGGAGGCACUGAGGGCUGGUGUCAUUGGGCCCGAUGUGUUCACGAAGCUGCUGUCAGCCGAGCGCGCUGUCACCGGCUACACCGACCCCUACACCGGGCAGCAGAUCUCCCUCUUCCAGGCCAUGCAGAAAGGCCUCAUCGUCCGGGAGCACGGCAUCCGCCUGCUGGAGGCCCAGAUCGCCACGGGCGGCGUCAUCGACCCCGUGCACAGCCACCGCGUGCCCGUGGACGUGGCCUACCGGCGCGGCUACUUCGAUCAGAUGCUGAACUUGAUCCUAUUGGACCCUUCUGAUGACACCAAGGGCUUCUUCGACCCCAACACACACGAGAACCUCACGUACCUGCAGCUUCUGGAGCGCUGCGUGCGUGACCCCGAGACGGGCCUGUACCUCCUGCCACUCAGCGGCGUGCAGUCUCCCCUGGUGGAUGGUGCCACCCGGCAGGCCUUCCAGAACCUGCUGCUCUCCGUGAAGUACGGGCGGUUUCGGGGGCAGAGGGUCUCUGCGUGGGAGCUGGUCAACUCUGAGUACUUCAGCGAGGGCCGCAGGAGGCAGCUGCUGCGUGGCUACCGGCGGCGUGAGGUCACGCUGGGGCAGGUGGCACAGCUGCUGGAGGCGGAGACGCAGAGACAGGCGGACGUCAUGCUGCCCUCGCUGCGGGGCCAGGUCACCAUCCACCAGCUCCUGGAGGCCCGUAUCAUUGACCAGCACCUGUUGGACCAAGUGCUGGCCAGGACAGUCAGCCCCGAGGCACUCCUACUCAUGGACGGCGUCCGCAGGUACCUGUGCGGCCUGGGAGCUGUGGGCGGCGUGCGGCUGCUGCCCUCCGGCCAGCGGCUUAGCCUCUAUCAGGCCAUGAGGCGGAAGCUGCUGGGGCCCAGUGUGGCCCUGGCCCUGCUGGAGGCUCAGGCAGCCACCGGAGCCAUCGUGGACCCUCACAGCCUGGAGAGCCUCUCGGUGGACGAGGCCGUGCGCAGGGGUGUGGUGGGGCCGGAGCUGUAUGGCAGGCUGAAGCGGGCUGAGGGUGCCAUCACUGGCUUCAGAGACCCCUUCUCUGGGAAGCAGGUGUCUCUGUUCCAGGCCAUGAAGAAAGGUCUCAUCUCUUGGGAGCAAGCUGUCCGCCUCCUGGAGGCUCAGGUGACCACGGGAGGGGUCAUUGACCCCACUGGCCACCACCACCUCCCCAUGCCAGUGGCCAUUCAGCGUGGCUGUGUUGACCAGGAGAUGGAGACAGCCUUGUCCAGCUCCUCCGAGACCUUCCCCACACCCGACGGCCAGGGACGCACCAGCUAUGCCCGGCUCCUGGAGCAGUGCCCCAGGGAUGAGGCUUCUGGCCUUCACCUCCUGCCCCUGCCAGAAAGUGCUCCUGCCCUCCCCACCGAGGAGCAAGUCCAGAAGAGCCUGCAGGCCAUGCCGGGGGCUGAGGACGGCACAUCCCUCUGGGACCUGCUCAGCUCCUGCCACUUCACUGAAGAGCAACGGAGGGGCCUGCUGGAGGACGUGCAGGAGGGGAGGACCACUGUACCACAGCUGCUAGCCUCUGUGCAGAGGUGGCUACAGGAGACUAAGCUCCUGGCCCAAGCUCAUGUCAUGGUGCCCGGCCCGCGGGGUGAGAUCCCCGCCGUCUGGCUGCUGGAUGCUGGCAUCAUCACCCAGGAGACCCUUGAGGCCCUGGCUCAGGGCACGCAGUCGCCCGCCCAGGUCGCUGAGCAGCCGGCGGUGAAGGCCUGCCUGUGGGGCACAGGCUGCGUGGCUGGUGUGCUGCUGCAGCCCUCUGGGGCCAAGGUCAGUAUCGCCCAGGCCAUGAGGGACGGCCUCCUGCCCACAGGCCUGGGCCAGAGGCUGCUGGAAGCCCAGGUGGCAUCUGGCUUCCUUGUCGAUCCCCUGAACAACCAGAGACUGUCGGUGGAGGACGCGGUUAAGGUCGGCCUGGUGGGCAGGGAGCUGAGUGAGCAGCUUGGGCAGGCCGAGAGGGCGGUGGCCGGGUACCCAGAUCCCUACUCUGGGGGCUCCCUCUCUCUGUGGCAGGCCAUGGAGAAGGGACUCGUGCCACAGAACGAGGGCUUGCCCCUCCUGCAGGUGCAGCUGGCCACAGGAGGUGUGGUGGACCCUGUCCACGGGGUGCACCUGCCCCAGGCAGCAGCCUGCAGACUCGGCCUUCUGGACACACAGAUGAGCCAGGUGCUAACAGCAGUUGACAAGGACAACAAGUUCUUUUUUGACCCCAGUGCGCGGGACCAGGUGACCUACCAGCAGCUCAGGGAGCGCUGCGUGUGCGACUCCGAGACUGGCUUGUUGCUGCUGCCACUGCCCUCAGACACAGCACUUGAGGUGGACGACCACACUGCAGUGGCUCUUAGGGCCAUGAAGGUGCCCGUCAGCACAGGGAGGUUUAAGGGGUGUAGUGUGUCGCUCUGGGACCUGCUGCUCUCCGAGUACGUCUGCGCUGACAAGCGGCGGGAGCUGGUGGCACUCUGUCGGUCUGGGAGGGCUGCAGCCCUGCGGCAGGUGGUCAGCGUGGUCACUGCCCUGGUCGAGGAUGCAGAGAGGCAGCCCCUGCAGGCCACCUUCAGAGGGCUCCGGAAGCAGGUGUCAGCCAGGGACCUGUUCAGGGCACAGCUGAUCAGCAGGAAGACGCUGGACGAGCUGAACCAGGGGACGAUGACGGUGAAGGAGGUGGCAGAGACGGACAGCGUGAGGCAGUUCCUGGAGGGAGGCAAUUUCAUUGCCGGGGUCCUUGUCCAGGGCACCCAGGAGAGGAUGAGCAUCCCAGAAGCCCUGAGGAGGCACAUCCUGCGGCCUGGCACAGCUCUGGUACUGCUGGAGGCACAGGCAGCUACUGGCUUCAUCAUCGACCCUGUGGAGAACCGGAAGCUGACCGUGGAGGAGGCGUUCAAAGCAGGGAUGUUUGGCAAAGAAACCUACGUGAAGCUGCUGUCGGCCGAGCGCGCCGUCACCGGCUACACCGACCCCUACACUGGGCAGCAGAUCUCCCUCUUCCAGGCCAUGCAGAAGGGCCUCAUCGUCCGGGAGCACGGCAUCCGCCUGCUGGAGGCCCAGAUUGCCACGGGCGGCAUCAUUGACCCCGUGCACAGCCACCGUGUGCCCGUGGACGUGGCCUACCGGUGUGGCUACUUUGAUGAGGAGCUGAACCGCAUCCUGGCGGACCCCAGCGACGACACCAAGGGCUUCUUUGACCCCAACACACACGAGAACCUCACGUACCUGCAGCUUCUGGAGCGCUGCAUGGAGGACCCCGAGACGGGCCUGUACCUGCUACAAAUCAUAAAGAAAGGAGAAACCUACGUGCAUAUCAGUGAGGCCAUGAGACACGAGUUGCAAUCUAGAACUGCAAAAAUGCGCGUGGGGAGGUUUGCUGACCAGGUGGUCUCUUUCUGGGACCUGCUGUCCUCUCCAUACUUCACAGAGGACAGGAAGCGGGAGCUCAUCCAGGAGUAUGGAACCCAGAGUGGGGGCCUGGAGAAAUUGCUGGAAAUCAUCACCAAGACAAUUGAAGAAACAGAGACGCAAAACCAAGGCAUCAAGGUGGCGGCCAUCAGAGGGGAGGUGACAGCUGCAGAGCUGUUCAACUCCGGGGUCAUCGAUCAGAAGACCCUGCAUACACUUCGUGCGGGGAGGACUGGGGGACAAGCACUCAGCACACUGGAGUGUGUAAAGCCUUACCUGGAAGGCAGCGGCUACAUUGCAGGGGUGAUGGUGCCCUCCACCAGGGAGGUCAUGAGCCUUCAUGAGGCCAGCAGGAAGGAGCUCAUCCCUGUAGGAUUUGCGACUUGGCUGCUGGAGGCACAGGCUGCGACUGGGUUCCUCCUGGACCCCUGCACCCACCAGAGGCUCUCCGUGGACGAGGCUGUGGAUGUGGGCCUGGUGAGCGAGGAGCUACGGGAGAGGCUCCUGAAGGCCGAAAGGGCUGCCACGGGCUACAGGGAUCCAGCCACGGGAGACACAAUCCCACUGUUCCAGGCCAUGCAGAAGCAGCUCAUUGAGAAGGCAGAGGCACUGAGGUUGCUGGAGGUGCAGGUGGCCACGGGGGGUGUCAUCGACCCACUGCACCACCACCGGCUCCCACUGGAAACCGCCUACAGACGUGGCUGUCUGAAAGAGGACAUCUAUGCGCUCAUUUCUAACCAGAAGCACAUGAGGAAACGGUUUGUGGACCCGAACACGCAGGAGAAGGUCUCCUACCGAGAGCUGCAGGAGAGGUGCCACCCGCAAGAGGACACUGGCUGGGUGCUCUUCCCAGUGAACAAGGAUGCACGGGACUCCGAAUACAUAGACGACGAGACGAGAAGGGCCCUGGAGGCAGAGCAAGUGGAAAUAACAGUGGGAAGGUUCAGAGGUAAGAAGCCAACACUGUGGGCACUGCUGAAUUCAGAAUACGUGACGGAGGAGAAGAAGCUCCAGCUGGUGAGGAUGUACAGAAUGGACACGAGCCGGGCACUGCAGAAGGUAGCACACGAGAUCUCAGACAUGAUUGAGAAGCAGGAAAACAGCAACAAACAACUGUGGUUCCAAGGAAUUAGAAGACAGAUCACAGCCUCUGAACUCCUCAGCUCAGCCAUAAUCACGGAGGAAAUGCUCCGGGAUCUGGAAACAGGGCGGAGCACGACACAACAGCUCCGGGAGGACGACCGCAUCAAGCGCUACCUGGAGGGCACCAGCUGCAUCGCGGGCGUCCUGGUGCCCGCCAAGGACGAGCCCGGCCGCCAGGAGAAGAUGAGCAUCUACCAGGCCAUGUGGAAGGGCGUGCUGCGGCCCGGCACGGCCCUGGUGCUGCUGGAGGCGCAGGCGGCCACCGGCUUCGUCAUCGACCCCGUGCGCAACCUGAGGCUGUCGGUGGAGGAGGCCGUGGCCGCGGGCGUGGUGGGCCGGCGAGAUCCAGGAGAGCUGCCGGCCGAGCGCGCCGUCAGCCGGCUACAGCCGACGCCCAUAGCACCGGGCACGCAGAUUGCCCUCUUCAGCCAUGAGAAGGACCUGCAUCGUCCGGAGCACGGCAUCGCCUGCUGGAGGCCCCAGAUCGCCACGGGCGGCGUCAUCGACCCCCGCGACACCAAGGGCUUCUCUUCGACCCCACACCACGAGAACCUCACGUACGUGCACUGCUGCGCCGCUGCGUGCGCGACCCGGGACAGCGGGGCUCUACGAUGCUGGCAGCUGGCAGAGACCGGGGCUCCGCGCCGUGCAACAGCUGAGCGAGGAGCUGCGCCUGUGCCGCUGCGGACGCCCGUGAUGACGCCCAGGGCCACCGGGGGUCUGGUGGAUCCCACCCAGGGCCAGCUGCUCUCUGUGUCCAAGGCCCUGCAGCAGGGCCUGGUGGGGCUGGAGCUGAAAGAGAAGCUGCUGAUGGCUGAGCGUGCCGCUACGGGCUACCCUGACCCCUACGGGGGUGAGAAGCUGGCCCUCUUUCAGGCCAUUGGGAAGGAGGUUGUGGACACGGCCCUGGGGCAGAGCUGGCUGGAGGCCCAGCUGGCCACUGGGGGCCUGGUGGAUCCUGCCCAGGGCGUGCUUGUGGCCCCUGAGCCAGCCUGCCACCAGGGCCUCCUGGACCGGGAGACAUGGCACAAGCUGUCAGAGCUUGAGCCUGGCACAGGCGUCCUGCGCUUCCUCGACCCCAACACGCUGGAGCGGCUGACGUACCACCAGCUGCUGGAAAGGUGUGUGCGGGCCGCCGGCUCGGGGCUAGCCCUGCUGCCCCUCAAGAUCACCUUCCGCUCUGAGGGCGGGGCAGUGAGUGCAGCCGAGCUGCUGGAGGUGGGCAUCCUGGACGAGGAGGCUGUGCAGGGUCUGCAGGAGGGCAGGCUGGCCACAGCGGACGUGAGUGCACGUGCCGAGGUGCGGCGCUACCUGGAGGGUACCGGCAGCGUGGCUGGGGUUGUCCUGCUGCCUGAAGGCCAAAAGAAGAGCUUCUUCCAGGCUGCUACCGAGCACCUGCUCCCAAUGGGCACUGCACUGCCACUCCUAGAGGCCCAGGCUGCCACCCACACCCUAGUGGACCCCACCACAGGCCAGCGGCUGUGGGUAGAUGAGGCAGUCAGGGCGGGCCUGGUCAGCCCAGAGCUCCACGAGCAGCUCCUGGUGGCCGAGCAGGCCGUGACAGGGUACCACGACCCCUUCAGUGGCUCCCAAAUACCACUCUUCCAGGCCAUGAAGAAGGGGCUAGUGGACAGGCCACUGGCACUGCGGCUCCUGGAUGCCCAGUUGGCCACAGGCGGGCUGGUCUGUCCAGCACGCAGGCUCCGGCUGCCCCUGGAGGCCGCCCUGCGCUGCGGCUGCCUGGAUGAAGACACUCAGCGACAGCUCUCGCAGGCUGGCGGCUUCUCAGACCGUGGCACGUGCGGUGGCCUGCGCUAUGAACAGCUGCUGGCCCGCUGUGUCACUGACCCAGAGACUGGGCUCGCCUUCCUGCCACUCUCAGGGGGACCCCGGGGAGGGGAGCCCCAGGGACCCCCAUUCAUCAAGUACAGCACUCGGCAGGCCCUGAACGCAGCUACAACCACCGUCUCCGUGGGGAAGUUCCGGGGCCGGCCCGUGUCCCUCUGGGAGCUGCUCUUCUCUGAGGCCAUCCCCGCAGAGCAGAGGGCAAUGCUGGCCCAGCAGCACCAGGAAGGGGCCCUCUCCGUGGAGAAGAUGGCCGCUGAGCUGAGCGCCACCCUCCAGCAGGCUGCAGCCACUGCCAGGGUCACCUUUUCUGGGCUGAGGGACACCGUGACACCAGGAGAGCUGCUGAAAGCCGAGAUCAUCGACCAGGACCUGUACGAGCGGCUGGAACAUGGACAGGCCACAGCCCAGGAUGUGGGCAGCCUGGCCUCGGUGCAGAGGUACCUGCAGGGUACAGGCUGCAUUGCUGGCCUGCUGCUCCCCGGCUCCCAGGAACGCCUGAGCAUCUAUGAGGCCCGAUGCAAGGGGCUCCUCCGGCCCGGCACUGCCCUCAUCCUUCUGGAGGCACAAGCUGCCACGGGCUUCAUCAUCGACCCGAAAGCAAACAAGGGGCACUCCGUUGAGGAGGCACUGAGGGCUGGUGUCAUUGGGCCCGAUGUGUUCACGAAGCUGCUGUCAGCCGAGCGCGCUGUCACCGGCUACACCGACCCCUACACCGGGCAGCAGAUCUCCCUCUUCCAGGCCAUGCAGAAAGGCCUCAUCGUCCGGGAGCACGGCAUCCGCCUGCUGGAGGCCCAGAUCGCCACGGGCGGCGUCAUCGACCCCGUGCACAGCCACCGCGUGCCCGUGGACGUGGCCUACCGGCGCGGCUACUUCGACGAGGAGAUGAACCGUGUCCUGGCGGACCCCAGCGACGACACCAAGGGCUUCUUCGACCCCAACACGCACGAGAACCUCACCUACGUGCAGCUGCUGCAGAGGGCCACUCUGGACCCUGAGACGGGGCUCCUGUUUCUUUCUCUCUCUCUGCAGUGACUCAGCUUCCUCUGCAAUUUUCUGCAAUUCUGGAGAAGCUGUGGCGUAAUAUUGUGUCUGUUUUUUUUCUCAUUCUUUGAUUUUGUUGUUUUACCCAUUCGUUAUCUGUGGAAAAUGUUUUAAGUUAUCAUGUGACAGUAACUUUUUCUUUGUCCAUCAAGGUGUUUCUGGACAUCAUAA